AUGACUGGUGGAUCCUGGCAACUGAAAGGCGAGGCCAAGCGCCAGUCAAUUCUGAACGCCAUCCCGACGAAAUGGCGACUAACACAUCCUGUCCCUCCCGCUACAGAGCUACGCGAUGUCACAGGGGAUUAUAUCCGACAAUACCUCACCGAGCGUGAAAUUGAGAUCACAGAGACAGAUGCUGUAGACAUUGUGGCGCAGACAUCUACCGGUCGCUGGUCAGCUCUGGAAGUGACAGAAGCCUUCUGUCACCGAGCUGCACUUGCUCACCAACUCGUCUACUGUCUACAUGAAGUAUUUUUCGAAGCAGCAAUUGAAGAUGCCAAAGAACAAGACGAAUACUUCGCAAAGCAUAAAACCCCGAUAGGACCCCUGCACGGCCUACCAGUGAGCCUAAAAGACCAGUUUCACGUGAAAGGCGUCGAAACCACAAUGGGCUACGUAGGCUGGAUAAACACCUUCGAAGGGCAACAGGACGACCCCCGCAACGGCACAGAAGAAAGCGAACUCGUCCGCGAACUACGCAAUCUCGGCGCAGUCUUAUACUGCAAGACCAGCGUGCCAGCCACUCUAAUGGCCGGCGAAACCAUCAACAACAUCAUCGGCUACACCUGGAACCCCAAGAACCGCCUGCUGUCCUGCGGUGGCAGCUCUGGUGGCGAGGCUGCCUUGAUUGCCCUCCGCGGGUCGCCUGCUGGCUUUGGCACUGAUAUCGGGGGCAGUAUACGCAUCCCUGCUGGUUUCAAUUUCCUCUAUGGCAUUCGUCCUUCGGCGGGCAGGAUUCCUUACCAGGGCGCUGCAAACUCAAUGGAUGGCCAGGGCACUAUCUUGUCCGUUAUUGGGCCGAUUGCACCCAGUGCGAGGUCUUUGACGCUCUUGUUCAAGGCUGUUCUUGGACAGGAGCCAUGGCUGUAUGAUCCGCUUGCGCUGGAGCUGCCGUGGCGGGAUGAGAUUGUUCAGGAGACCAGGGCGUUGAUUGAGAACGCUCGGACUGGAGCAUCGACGCUUGCGUUCGGCAUUAUGAAGUAUGAUGGUGUAGCCCUUAUUCAUCCGCCUAUUGCACGGGGGCUCAGGGUUGUCGAGAGAACGCUGCAGCGGUUGGGUCAUCGCGUCAUUGAGUGGAAGCCUCCUUCUCACGCUGUUGCAGUUGAACUACUUGGCAAAAUAUUCAACAUGGAUGGCGGCGCAGACUUGAACUAUCAUAUCGGGUUAUCUGGAGAAACUCGAGCUCCGCAAGUAAUUGGUACCGAAAAUGGCGUUCAAAUGACAGCAUCUGAGAUUUCGGCGCUCAAUGUUGCAAAGCGUGAGUAUCAGAAACAAUACAUGGACUACUGGCAUAGUACAGCCGAGUUGACAGGCACGGGACGCCCUGUUGAUGGGCUCUUCUGCCCAUUGGCACCUCAUGCGGCAGUCAUUCCCAACGAAUUUGACGAUGUGGGAUAUACCGGAUUUGUGAAUGUGCUUGACUACACUAGUCUCGCGAUUCCAGUUACAUUUGCGGAUAAGAAGGUCGAUGUGCGAUUGGCUAAUGAUUCUGUGAAUGAUUCUGAAGGCAUUCAGUGGGAUUAUAAUGCCGAUGCCUAUGACGGGGCCCCAGUGGGAGUGCAAUUGGUAGGCAGGAGGUUGCAAGAAGAGAAGAUGUUGACACUAGCUGAGUAUUUGGGCAAAGAGAUUGCUCAAGAUACGGAAGAGAGAGCCUGA